UACAUAUAAUAAAUUCUCUGGCAAUUAAAAGAAGUUCUUCACUUGCUCGACUUGGCACAGCCAAUUUUCGAAAUCUUAAAUAUGAAUGAAAUCUAUAGUGUUAUCAAGAGAGAUACAUUAAUUUUUCUUAAAUCAAAUUAUAAAUACAAGCGUAGAGAAGUGCAGUUAGAACCUGAACCGCAGCAAGAGUCUGAGAAGCACAUUUGCAGACGAACAUUCAAUAAAAAAUUUAAUAUUAAUAUUUGCAUAUUUAAAAAUAUUUUAAGACUAUUUAUUUUAAUUAUAAAAAAUUAUAUGCAACAAAGUAGAGUUGAAAGCCACCUAUUGCAUCCAAAGGAUGGACCUGUUGUCAGUGUUGCUACAGUUUACGCAGAAGACAAAUGCAUCAAAGCGAACCACUUGAGCGCUGCUGAUAAAGUAAAUUAUGUAGAAAAUUAUGAUGAACUGUCAACAGUGGCGAGGUGUCGAAAAGUGUCACUUUAUCAAUGCCACUGGCCAACUAUGAAAUACUGGCGCCGGAAACUUGUUUAUGGCGUGUCGAAUCAUUAUAAUCUCUUAACAGCACUUCCAUCCUUUACAUCAACUCCAUCAACGACAAAGCUGUCAAUGAAGCAUUUGCCAGUUUUGGUUUGUGGUAAACGUAUCAGUGCGUUGUCAAUACUCAUGACAGUUUUUAUUGCAUUUGCGCUAAUUGCUCGGAGUGUGGAAGCUGGAACUUGUUGGGAGACUUCAUUUAAACAUUUUAAAUGUGAUAAAAUUUUCGCUAUGAACAUUAGCAAAGCCGAGUGUUGUGGUUAUAGUCAGGAAUUUUCGUAUACCGAUCGCGAACUCACUGGUGUGGAAUUUUUCUUUGCAACCACAAUUGGUGAAGGAGCUGAAUGUGCACCUUGCAUGGAGACCUGCAAGGCCAUAAAAUGUGGAGAAAAUAAGAAAUGCGUCAAACGCAAAGGCCGUCCAAAAUGUAUUUGUGCACCCGAGUGUGGUCAAUCGGCUUGCCGUAGAAAUCGAUUCAGAGCACAACGAAAGCACAAUAUUUAUAAUGAACCUUUCCACAUUGGCUACGAUAAGCGAAGAAUCUCAGCCGUAACGCAUGUCGAACUCAAUAAAUCGCCACGUGAUAUACGUAGUCUAAGUAGUGAAAAUAUGAAUAUCAAUUUAGGAUUAGAUGAUGUUUUGCACCAAAAUCACAACCAAAGAAAAAUACAUAUUAUGCAAAGUCAACCCAGCCAACAGAAGCCACAAUAUAAACAGAAAGAAUCUGUUCAUGGAAGAAUAUUGAUAACAGCAAAUACAGAACCACAACAAGUCCAUCAGGAGCAACAUGAGCAGCCAGGACCUCGCAGAUUACAGAUACUAAGUAAUGUAGGAAUAUAUGAAGAUGAAGAACAGAAGGUCAGAAGGCGUAAUAAGAACGACUACUACAGAAAUAGGCAUGAUAAUAAUGAAUCAAAAACCAAAAUAAAAUAUAAACAAGAUCAUAACAACCAUCACAGACGCAAUAAAAAUACGCGUGUUAGACAUAUUCAAGAAAAUUCCGAUAAUGUUAAUCUACCAAAUCACAAUAAUGAAAAAUUAGACAAAUAUCAUCAACAAUAUCAACAUAAACAUCAACAUCAACAACAUCAACAGCAGCAACAACAACAACAACAACACAAUCGCAAAAAGCAUAAGAAGCUCAGGGAUCAUUUAAAUCCAACAUAUACGUCAACCCCGUUAUUAUCUUCAACAUCAAAUGAUGAACUAACAACAUCAGCUGCCACAUCAACCGUCUCUAAUGCAACAGCAACAACAGCAACAACAACAACGAAAACCACUCCCGUCUAUGCCUUGUCUUCGCCGUGGUUGCCGUCUGCUGCUGCUGCUGCUGCUGCUGGUACUGUAAAUCAUCAGCGUUUAUUGAACCGCGGAAAUUUUGUUAAAUUGUUGGAUGAUGGGGGAUCCAACGAGAACAAUCCGUUCACACGGCUAAAUGAUCGUGAAAUAUUUUAUAUAUGCACAACAACUGAUUUUGGACAAACUUCACGUAUUUCAUCACUGAGCGCACUGCGGCCACGAUUAAAAUCGUUGUACCAGCGUUUCACAAUGACAAAGGAUGGUCAUUUGGCUUUAUCCCCAAAUGUAGAAGUAUCGCCAAAUGUAGACAUAAACUCUGGAACUUGUUGGGAGACUUCAUUUAAACAUUUUAAAUGUGAUAAAAUUUUCGCUAUGAACAUUAGCAAAGCCGAGUGUUGUGGUUAUAGUCAGGAAUUUUCGUAUACCGAUCGCGAACUCACUGGUGUGGAAUUUUUCUUUGCAACCACAAUUGGUGAAGGAGCUGAAUGUGCACCUUGCAUGGAGACCUGCAAGGCCAUAAAAUGUGGAGAAAAUAAGAAAUGCGUCAAACGCAAAGGCCGUCCAAAAUGUAUUUGUGCACCCGAGUGUGGUCAAUCGGCUUGCCGUAGAAAUCGAUUCAGAGCACAACGAAAGCACAAUAUUUAUAAUGAACCUUUCCACAUUGGCUACGAUAAGCGAAGAAUCUCAGCCGUAACGCAUGUCGAACUCAAUAAAUCGCCACGUGAUAUACGUAGUCUAAGUAGUGAAAAUAUGAAUAUCAAUUUAGGAUUAGAUGAUGUUUUGCACCAAAAUCACAACCAAAGAAAAAUACAUAUUAUGCAAAGUCAACCCAGCCAACAGAAGCCACAAUAUAAACAGAAAGAAUCUGUUCAUGGAAGAAUAUUGAUAACAGCAAAUACAGAACCACAACAAGUCCAUCAGGAGCAACAUGAGCAGCCAGGACCUCGCAGAUUACAGAUACUAAGUAAUGUAGGAAUAUAUGAAGAUGAAGAACAGAAGGUCAGAAGGCGUAAUAAGAACGACUACUACAGAAAUAGGCAUGAUAAUAAUGAAUCAAAAACCAAAAUAAAAUAUAAACAAGAUCAUAACAACCAUCACAGACGCAAUAAAAAUACGCGUGUUAGACAUAUUCAAGAAAAUUCCGAUAAUGUUAAUCUACCAAAUCACAAUAAUGAAAAAUUAGACAAAUAUCAUCAACAAUAUCAACAUAAACAUCAACAUCAACAACAUCAACAGCAGCAACAACAACAACAACAACACAAUCGCAAAAAGCAUAAGAAGCUCAGGGAUCAUUUAAAUCCAACAUAUACGUCAACCCCGUUAUUAUCUUCAACAUCAAAUGAUGAACUAACAACAUCAGCUGCCACAUCAACCGUCUCUAAUGCAACAGCAACAACAGCAACAACAACAACGAAAACCACUCCCGUCUAUGCCUUGUCUUCGCCGUGGUUGCCGUCUGCUGCUGCUGCUGCUGCUGCUGGUACUGUAAAUCAUCAGCGUUUAUUGAACCGCGGAAGUAACUCAGCAACAUCACUGUCAGUUCAGCAUUUUGAUAAUAUGCACAACACAAACCCAGUCUGCGGUACUGACGGACGCACCUACAAAACUGAGUGUCAAUUGAAGAAGCGAGCAUGUCGUACAGAUAAUCCAGACUUAAAAGUUGCCUACUGCGGUCGUUGUAAGACUACGUGCAAUGGUAUAAAAUGCUUAAAUGGUUUGACCUGCGUCGAAGAUCAGUACACAAUUCCACAUUGUAUUACGUGCAAAAUUGAUUGCCCACAAGAUGACGCUACAGAUAUUAUUGAUCCAAUUCAAGCCGUUUGUGGAGUUGAUGGCAAAACAUACAAAAGUACAUGUGAUAUAAAUCGUAUGAUAUGUAAAACUGGGAAAUCAAUUGCAGUAGCAUACCCAGGUCCAUGUCGCGAUACUUUAGUUUAUAGCGGUAAUGUUAAACGCAAAUCCGUUGGUUUUGGCAUUGUUGAAGAGAUUCAAAUUGUAAUUACUUGGUUUGGUAGUGGGAAGGAAACCGCUUUUUAA